CUUUAAAACGACCUUUUACUGGUCCGCCCCUGUUGGCACUUGUUCUAUAUAUUGAGGGGCGGCAUUUUGAGAAACCUUAGAUGUCAUCAGUGUCCGCGGCUGUUAAGGCGUAAGAAGUUACACGGAUACACCUACCAAACACAAAAGUAACAACUUCCGGCGUCUGUAGCGACGCGAAUAGCAAUUUUAUUAUUAUAAUAUUUUGAAGGAUUUACUCACAUUCUCGGACAUAUAUUUUUUCAUCUAUUGUAAUAAUUUCUUAGAUAAUUGAUUCAAGAACAAUUACCAAACGGGCUGUUUCAGAUUUAGCGGCCCACAUUGACUUUGUUAAGGUUAGGCUUAGGGAUCGAUUUAGGGUUCGGGUUAGGCUUAUUUAGGGUUCAGGUUAGGCUAGGCAUAGGGAUCGAUUUAAGACGUAAAAGUGCGCGUAUGGAAAUAAACGCGGGCCGCUUUCUCUGAAUUUACCAACAAACGAAUUUUAUUUAACUACAAAGUAAGUAAAUUCCUUAUUAAAGAAUAGCCUGAAUUGAGGCAGUCGACUUCAAACUUCUGAUCACACUCACACUCUCACUCACAGUACAGUGUGCAGGGUAUGUACAGUUCAGUUCACUCACAGUCACACAUAACUCAUCUGGUAAUCUACCACUUGAGCGUCGGCCAAGAAAAAAUCCAGCUGUUCCGAUUGGAAGGGCUAUUUAAACAACUAUUCUUAUAUUAUUUUUAAUGACAUUGGUUUUACGUAUUCAUUCCAAUAAUAAUAAUAGACAAUUUUUUUAAAAUAGAAAAACUAUAAUAAUUUUUUUGAAAUAGAAGAUGUGUGAAAAUGGAAUUAUGCAUAGUUCUCCCCCAAUUUGACAAAGAAGUUUAAAAAAAAUAUAAUUUCCACGAAAAAGGUUGUGGUACAUGAAUCCACGUAAAUAUGAAAGGGAAAGAUCACUGCGCUUCUUGUGCCAUACUGUCUUUUCAGUUUACGCUUUUUGAGUAUUCAUGUUUUCCACAUUCUGUAUGUGGACAUCCGCGUCAUCUGGAUUAAAAAAAAUAAUUGUAGUCUCCUUUUCUUCCUGGCAUAUCGGUAGCUUGGCAGUAAUAAUUAUUUAAAAGUAUUAGUAUUGUGCUACACAACUUUAUGGCCUCUAUAGGGAGCAAAAAUAUUAACAGACUCCAAUAUAAGAAUAGUUGUUUAAAUAGCCCUUACGACCGGAACAACUGGAUUUUUUCUUGGCCGACGCUAAAGUGGUAGAUUACCACUCAUCUUACAUCAGCAUUAUGAUUCACGACUAAGACUAAGGGUAGUGACUUAGGCACUUAAAAUAAAAAUGGUCACUGAAAAUGCCACUAUUUUAUCAGUGGCCGCCAUCUUGGUUGACACGUCACGUGAAGUCAUCUAUCCCUAUGCCUAACCUAAAACUCUAAAUCGAUCCCUCUGCCUAACCUAAACCCUAAAUCGAUCCCUCUGCCUAACCUAAACUCUAAAUCGAUCCUUAUGCCUAACCUGAACCCUAAAUUUAUCCCUAAAAUAGUUUAGUAUAAAUAAACAAAGGGAAGUCACUCCCUGGAAAAUAAGUUGUGGCAUCUCGAAUGAUCAUUAGCCAAAAUAAAUUUUGCUUAUUCUUUCAUGUUUCAAGGAAUAGUAUUAUAUUUAUAUAAGUAAUAUAUCAAUUUACUUGUUGUUGAGAUUGAGUGGAUUUAAAAAUAUGAUUCAUGAUUCCAAUUUAUCACUAUCAAUUUUAGGUGAUUGUAAUUGUAAAUUAGCCGUAAAUUGUAAUGUUUCAUGAUAAUUUUUUAAAAAAAUUAGUUUUGCCACCAAACCAAAGUCCUAAGUAACAAUUAACAAAUGGCAUGAUGUUCAAUAUACACUAGAAUUUACUUUUGAAGAUAUUUUGUUUACUAUGGAUUGGCAGACCAGAUUGAUGCUAUUAUUGAUGAUUAAUUAACUAAUGGUUGUUUUAGAUUUAAAGGUUUAUAAUUUAGGGUAGACUUAGUUAAGAAUGUAUAUUAUAUAUAUAAUAUUAUUAAUAUAGAUAUAUUAAAUAUUAGGACCCAUCAAAGCAAUAGUUUCAGAUAUUUUGGGUAAUUUGGUAAUAAUAUUUUAUUUUUAAAAUUUUAUUUUUGUCAGAUUACAAGCAGAGUAAUAUGGCUUAUCUCCUGGGCAGCCAAGUUUGUAUUGAGAGUUUACAAACAGAUGUUCAAGAUUUACAGUUAAUAAUUAGUGAUAUUGUUUCAAGAGUUGGGCCCAUAAAGACACAUUCUUGGAAGUUUCCUGAUAAACUUGCAUGUGACCUAAAUAUUGAAGACCUUUUGGAUUUAUACAGCUGUGAUGACCAAGAUGAUGUUGAAGAUAGACAAGUUUCUCAUAUUGCACUUUAUGAGCUGACCAUUGACAGGUUCAAACAGAAUUUUAUAAUUUUAUUAACAAUCAAUUCUCAAAAUCAUAAUGAAUUAUCUUGAACAUUAUUAAACAUAAUUUUUAUUGAAAGAAAUAUUAAACAUAAUUUAUUUUGAAAAUAUAUAAUUAAAAUUAAAAAACUUUAAUCAGAGACAUCAGUAUUAAAUAAAACAUUAGAAGAUAUAAUAAUUGCUUUAUUUUUUCAAACCCUGGUAGAAAAACCUAAAGGUUCACCUGCAAAAGAUGUGGAAUCCAAAUUUCAUUAUGAUUUUGAUAAUAUAUAUGUUGAAAAACAAGAAAGACAUUAUCAUCUUUCUUGGUUUUUUUAAGCUUCAACUUACCUAGUUCUACACAUUUUUUCAUUUGGCACAUCUAUAUAAAUAAACUAGUUCUAAUGAUGCCAUUGGUCAUAAAGUUUAAAGAUAUGUAAAUGAAUAUCUUUUUAUUUGUUCAGGCUAGUUCUGAUGGUGAAAGCAAUCACAAAGUUUAUAGAUGUGUACUUGAACAGAAAUAUUAAGAACAAGACAUGUCCUGAUAAUGGUGAAUCCGAGAUGUCAAGCUCUGUGGGUCUAACGGCCAAGCAACACUGGUCAAAUAUGGUCAGACUACACACAUGGCUCCAGCAAUUACAGUCUGAGGUAAGUUAAAUGAAGGUUCAGUGAAAAAAUUUAUAGACAUAGAAAUUCAAGCAUAUGAAAGGACUGUAAUGAGUAUUAAUGGGAUGAAAUGACAAAAAGGGCCAUACAUAUGUUUGUACUAUUAUGGUUUGAAAUUUGUGGGUACAGGUAUGAAUUGGCAUAUUAAUAUGUGGAGUUACUGCUGUGGGUUGACAUAUAAUAGUACCAGUAUGGGUAGGCUUGUGAUGAUUCUGGUAUGGAUUGGUCUUCCUGGUGCUGAACAUUUUUUGUUCCAUGAUCUUUAUUAACAGUACAAGUGCUCACUUUCACUACCAAAAAACAUUAACGUUAAUAUUACUCAAAGAUAUAUACCUUCAAGUAACAUAUUGACAAUAAUUUUAUUAAUCCAAUAAAAAUUUGGGUUUUCUAUGUUUUAAGUCCAAUUUUGCCGAUAGUUUCUAUAUAGUAUUAAACGUUUGACAUGAAAUUUUUUAUUUACAUCAUCCUUAAAGACCAUAUUAUUAACAAUAUAUUUUAUUAAAGAUGCUAAUGAUUUUUUAAAAUACCAAACAGAAAAAUUCAGGGAAUGGAAAAAUGGCUGAACUGACAAAAGAGGCUGGUAAACAUAUGGAAGAUUUUACAACUCCAACUUCUCAAACUGACCAUGACGCACAUAUUAAAUCUUUGUUGCUAAGUCCAGGGACACUUGGUAUGGUUCCUCCAAACAAUGCAGACUUAGUCAUGAUGGGCCUGGCUCCAAUGCCUGAGAAAAAAAAUAACUCUAUCUCUCGUGAUGUGAGCCACAAAUCAUGUCAAACAUUCGAAACAGCCUUUGUGCCGUGUGAAUCAUGUGACAUAAUUCAGAGAAAAAUGCGGGAAGGAAGUGAAAUAUUGAUAAAAUCUUGUGUUGAUCAGGGCUUGCCAUGUUCGCUAAAAAAGUUCAAAAUCCAAGUUGCACAUGUGGAACUCUUGACAUUUAAUGAUGUGUGUAGAUGGAUGGCUGAGCAAACUAAGGAUAUUGCCAGGAUAGCCAAACAGAAUGAAAUACUUCAAUCCUCUGUUAAUCCUUUGAAAGCUGAAGUGAAAGAAGCAAGUUUAAAAGUUAAAGCAGCAGAUGAAAAGUAUCAGGUGUAUGAAAAGAAAUUAGCAGAUGAGAAAGAAGCAGGUGCAACACUUUGUUCAAAUUUUGAGGUAAAGUGAAAUAAUUUCAAGUAUAAACAGAUUGUUAAAUUAUGAUGCCUAAAGUAACCAAAAAAAAAAAAAAAAAAAAAAAACUGUAUAAAAAAAAAAAAAAAAAAAAAAAAAUAAAAAAAAAAAAUAAAAAAAAAAAAAAAAAAAAAAAAAAAAAAUAAAAAAAAAAAAAAAAAAAAAAAAAAAAAAAAAUAAAUAAAUUUUGAGGUAAAGUGAAAUAAUUUCAAACAAAAAAAGAUUGUUAAAUUAUGAUCCCUAAAGUAACCAAAAAAAAAAAAAAUGCAGGCACUGUGUUCUCAAAAUAGUCAAAAAAUUUCCAUUUAAUAAAUAACUUUAAACAUUCAAAAUAUGUCAUUUAGUAAAUAACUUUAAAGAGACAAAAUAUAAGAAAACUAAAUAAGUUUCCUAAUAAAAAAUUGAAACAAAUUAAUUUACAGGUAAAACUUAAAGAUCAGGAAAAACAACACAUCAAAGUGUUGAAUGAAGAGAAAAAGAACAGAGAGGUUUUAAUGAAAGAAAAAGACAAACUUGACCAGGAACUGAAGAAAGUUAAAAGCCAACUUGAGACUCAGAUGAAGGCCAUGAAAAAACUCGGUGACACAGAUUUAAAUAAAUUAUUUAAUUAUUACCUAAAGCUCUUGAAAGGUCAAUAUAAAAAAUGAAUCUUUAUACAUAUAGCAGUUCAAACUAAACAAAUUAUAACCUAAAAUGUAAAAAAAAUUACAUUUAUAUUAAAAUAUGUCAAAAUGUUUAUAUGCUAGUCAGAAAUGGUAUUUUACUACUUUUAAUUAUAUAACACGCUAUUUUUAAAAUAUGAGUCUUCCAUGUUAUCAGGAAAGGACACAUGAGCAUAUGCCUCCCACUGUCAUUACUAAAAACAUAAAACAGAGAAAACUUAAAAAUUAAUAAUCUUCACCAACAUUUUGAUAGAAUAUAUAAAUAUUUAUGUGUGCUUUUAGAAGGCUCUUUGUAAUAUUUAUAACUAUCUUUCACAUUUCACUGAUCUAGAAAGAGAUUUUAAAAAACUUGAAGUUGAGCUCAAAGAAAAAUCAGAAAAAGCCAACAAGUCAUCCCAGGUGGCGGAGGCGAUGGUUACGCUCAAAGUCCAACUGGAAGAUGUCACUGCCCAGAUGAAUAGCUACCAGAAGGCUCUGGCCAAGGAGCAGGGGAAAUGUAGAGGUCUUGGUAAACACAAUGAGGUUUGUUCUUGGGAAUGGGGUGUCAUUACAAUAUGUGAUCUGUUUGUCAUAAUUUUUAAAAUCUAAAAAGGGCCUGUAACACUGUAACCACCUCACACUCUGGAUGGGGCCCUGAUGUUAUCUAGGACGGCCCAAGGAACACUUAUUGGAUGGGAGGCGCAUGGACCUAGAAUCCUCACAGCAAAAAACACAGGAUCAAUUUGAAUGUUAUCCAAUGCUACGCACCAACAAACGAAAGUGACGAGGAGGACAAAGAUGACUUCAACAUAUUAAUAAUAAUAAAUAAUAAUAAAGUUCAUUUCAAAAACACGCUUCAUCCCCAAAGGCUCGAAGCGCGGUACAAAGUCAACAAAAAACAAAUCUAUAGUUUACCACAUUUAAAACAAACGCAACACUACAAAAACUAAGUACAAGCAUACAAUGGCAAAGUCUUUCUAGCCAUUUCAACCAUAAGCAACACAGCCAUUAUGCAUUAACUGGAAAAUAAUGUUGACAAUCAUCCCAGAAGGUGUUUGCGAAAUAGAUGUGUCUUUAAAUCGGUUUUAAAGGACUCCAGUGUCUGGUUGUUUCUGAGAUCGACAGGAAGGGCAUUCCAAAUUGGUGGACCAGCAAAUGCGAAAGUGCGCUUUCCGUAAGUCUCAAGGCAAACACGUGGUGUCGAGAGUUUGCCACUAUCGGAUGAGCGGAGCUCUCUAGUGGGUACAUAAGGCGUCAGCAGCUCUUUCAGAUAGGACGGCGCCAGGUCAUGUAAGCAGCGGUAGCACAAAGUUGCGAUUUUGUACUCCAUGCGAGCACGCACUGGCAGCCAGUGCAGCUCUCUCAGAAGUGUUUUUGCAUGGUCAAACUUGCGUUUGCGGAGAACAAUGCGAGCCGCAUUAUUCUGUGCUAUUUGAAUUUUAUCCAGGAGCGUAGCUGGAAGACCCACCAUAAGAGCAUUGCAAUAGUCCAUGCGUGAUAGCACAAAUGCAGACAUCAGCCUCUUUGUUGCAUCAAUUGUUAGGAAGGGCCUGAUGUGACUAAUCCUGCGCAGCUCUAGAAAAAUCGCCUUGCAUAGCAUGUUAAUAUGACUUUCAAAAGUUAGUCUUCCAUCUAGGUAGACACCCAGGUACCGCACUGUUUGAGCUAACUCAAUACGCACACCUGAGAGAGUAAUGGAUGUCGUGUUAUUUGCAGAUUUCUGCUUCUGAGCGGUCGCGAUGGGGAGCAGCUCAGUCUUAUCAUCAUUUAAUUUGAGCUUGUUUAUGGUCAUCCAGUGCUUAACCGACUCCAUUGUCUUCUGUGUCAUACUGAGCAGCUGAGGGAACUGAGAAGGGAUCACGGAUUGAUGAAGUUGUGUAUCGUCCGCGUACAUGUGAUACAACAUGUCAAACUGCCUGAUCUCUGCGCCCAGGGGCUGAAUGUACAUCGUGAAAAGCACCGGGCCUAGGACCGAGCCCUGGGGUACUCCGAAUUCGAUAUUAGAUUUCUUCGAAGUCAAGCCGUUUGAAAUAACUGACUGCACCCGAUUAGUCAGAUACGAUCGGAACCAACACAGGACGGUAUCAGUGAGACCGAACGUUUGUUGCAGACGCUGGAGCAGUAUGCCGUGGUCGAGCGUAUCGAAAGCUGCCGAUAAAUCGAGUAAAGACAAAAUCGAUACCUUGCCCUCAUCACAAGACGACAGAAGGUCGUUUACGACGCGCAACAGGGCUGUCUCAGUAGAGUGAUGCACCCUGUAUGCUGACUGGAAUGGUUCAAACAAGUUAAACUGAGUGAGGUGAUCCUGGAGUUGGCGGAGAACGACUUUUUCUAAGAUUUUAGAAAUAAAUGGUAGAUUAGAGAUGGGGCGAUAAUUUUCCAUCACAUUUGGAUCAAGAUUUGAUUUCUUUAAUAGUGGAGUAACGAUUGCCUCUUUAAAAGAUGAUGGAACAAUACCAGUAGUUAAGGACUUAAGUAUUACUGACCAUUGUCCAGGGUCGCCCUAUUCAUUCUCAUGGGAGACUUCAAUGCCAAGAUCGGCAGUGACAACACUGUCAUGGGGCGACAGGGGAUAGGAGAGAUGAAUGACUACGGAGAAAGAUUUGCUGACCUAUGCGCCACAACAAAUCUAGUCAUAGGCGGGAGCUUCUUCCAACACAGGAGGAUACACAAGGUCACAUGGGUUUCACCGGGCCUCCAAAUGAUGAACCAAAUAGAUCACGUGUGUAUUGGGAAAAAAAUUCAGGCGAUCUCUCCAACAUAUACGUGUCAGAAGAGGAGCUGACUUUGGCCCAGACCACCAUCUCCUAGUCGAACAACCCUUUCCCAGGGGUCGCCAAAGACCAUCGGAAAACACAUAUGCUAUACAGUUAUGAAGUAGCUAUGAAAAUAAUUUUUUGGUUGGGAGUCGCCACAACAUGAGGAACUGUAUCAAAGGGUUGCAGCAUUAGGAAGGUUGGUUGAGAACCACUACCCUAGUGGCAUGACUAAGACUAAAACUGAAAAGGCAUUACACUGAGCAGACAACAUAUAGCUUGCGCUACAACAUCCCCUUCCUGAAAGAUAAAGCCAAACGGGAAGAGUUCAAGAUCACUCUAUCCAACAAGUUCCAAGUCCUACAUGAACUGCUAGGAGAUGAGAUGAUUCAUGGAAAGUGGCAGGGAGUGAAGAAAGCAGUCAAAUCAACAUGCCAGGAAGUGUUGGGAAAUAGGAAACAUACACACAAAGAAUGGAUAACAGCAGAGACAUUGAAGGUGAUAGAAGAGAGAAAAGGUAAGAAGGCAGAAAUUAACAACAGCUAUACACGAGCGCAGAAAGUUAGGUUCUAAAAAAGAGUACUCAGAAGCAAAUAGGAAUGUAAAGAAAAGCGCUAAGAUGGACAAAAGGAACUUUGUAGACAUGCUUGCCAAAGAAGCGGAAGAAGCAGCCUACCAGGGGAUUAUGUGGGAAUUGUUCGCUACCAUCAAGACGUUGUCUGGGAAGUUCAGGAAGCCAGAGAGACCAAUGAAGGACAAAGAUGGUAAGAACAUACCAAAUGAGGAGCAACAGAGAAGCAGAUGGAAAGAACACUUCGAAGAACUUCUAAACAGGCCAGAGCCAAGUAACCCACCAGAUAUCCAGCCAGCUGACAGUGACCUGGUUAUUGACUGCUAGAGGGAUCACCUUACUGUCCAUCCCAGGCAAGGCUUUCAACCACAUACUACUCAACAAAAUGAAAGACGCUGUUGACCCCCUGUUGCGAGACCAACAAGCUGGCUUCUGCACCAACAGACCCUGUACAGACCAAAUUGCAACACUACGCAUUAUCCUAGAGCAAUCACUGGAAUGGAACUCGCCUCUCCACAUCAACUUCAUCAACUACAAGAUAGCCUUUGACAGUGUGGAUAGGCAAACCACACUGGAGACUGUUGAGACAUUAUGGGGUGCCGCGGAACAUCACAGACUUAAUCAGGAACUCUUUGAAGGGAUGACCUGCCGAGUUGUCCACAGACAACAGGUGUGGACAACAGGUGACAGAUGCUUUCCAGGUGAAGACCGGUGUGAGGCAAGGAUGUUUGCUUUCACCUUUCCUGUUUCUAUUGGCCAUUAACUGGGUGAUAAAAACAUCCACACAGCAGAAGCGGAAUGGUAUACAAUGGACCUUGUGGGACCAGCUUGACGAACUCGAUUUUGCUGAUGAUCUUGCCCUUCUCUCCCAUACCCAACAACAGAUGCAGGAGAAAAACCAGAACUAUUGCAGCCACUUCUGCAUGUAUUGGUCUUAAUAUACACAAAGGGAAGAGCAAGGUCCUCAAGGUCAAUGCCACCAAUACAGCACCCAUCAGACUGUAAGAGGAAGCGCUCGAAGAGGUGGAGAGCUUUAUCUAUCUUGGCAGCAUCGUGGACUAGCCAGGUGGGACGUAUGCUGAUGUCAAAAUAAGGGUUGGAAAGGCACGGGCAGCCUUCCAACAACUCAAGAAUGUCUGGGUCUCCGAACGCUUGAGUAACAACCUAAAGAUAAGAACCUUCAACACCAUGGUGAAACCUGUUCUACUAUAUGGUGCAGAGAUAUGGCGCCGUGAAGCGGAAGCAGAUACCAAGAAACUUGGCCACACUUGGGGGAAGCUGGAGAGUUUGGCUCAGGAUCGUUAUGCCUGGAGGACUCUUGUAGGCGGCCUAUGUCCUAGACUCUUGUAGGCGGCCUAUGUCCUAGACUCUUGUAGGCGGCCUAUGUCCUAGACUCUUGUAGGCGGCCUAUGUCCUAGACUCUUGUAGGCAGCCUAUGUCCUAGACUCUUGUAGGCGGCCUAUGUCCUAGACUCUUGUAGGCAGCCUAUGUCCUAGACUCUUGUAGGCAGCCUAUGUCCUAGACUCUUGUAGGCGGCCUAUGUCCUAGACUCUUGUAGGCAGCCUAUGUCCUAGACUCUUGUAGGCGGCCUAUGUCCUAGACUCUUGUAGGCAGCCUAUGUCCUAGACUCUUGUAGGCAGCCUAUGUCCUAGACUCUUGUAGGCAGCCUAUGUCCUAGACUCUUGUAGGCGGCCUAUGUCCUAGGAAGGAUCACAGAUGUUGAUGAAGAUCAGCUGCUGUCCUUGAGGAUGAAGAGGUGAAAGAAGAAAAGAAGAAGGGCCUGUAACUCUCUCAGCAUGAUAAAGUCUAGCAACUUUGAUGAGUAACUAUUGCAUUGUGCUCGCAAUGAAUUUAUUGUAAUAAAAAAUUAUAAAAUAACCCACCAAAGUCAAGUAAAAGGCUUUAUGCAUUCAGUUUUUUUAUAAUUAAAAGAACUAUUCUAAAAACAAGCAUUUUGCACAGAUUUUUUAACCAUUAAAAUAAACUUUAUUUUGAAAAAAAUUAAAAAAUUAUAUAUAUAUUGAAAAUCUCUUUGUAAUUUAAUCAACACAUUUUUUCAUCUGCAAAUAUCUGUAUUAGAUCAUGGAAUGAAAGAAAUUAUUUUUUUUUAAAUUUCAGUCACUGCAGGCCAAACAAGAAUCCCUGUUAUCUAAGAUGGGACAACUUGGUAAGGAAAAUGAGGAGGCUUUGUCUCAAGUUGCUGCCCUUGAAGAAGAGAACGACUUUCUAGACGAUAAACUUCUAGAACUAAUCUCGGAGACCAACAAGAUGAAAAAGAUCAUUGCCGAAAAUGAGGUUUUUCAUCAUAAAUAAACUUAUUCUAGUUAUGGGAUUUUACUUUUAGGAAUACACAGGGCAGGCUCAAGAUGGAUACCAUGCGUGAUCAUCACACACAAACAUUUUUUCUGAACUCUUCCAAUAAUUUUCCAGAGGGUAAUAAUUGCCUAUUUGCAACCAACCUAAAAAUGUCUAGCUAUAGCCCUGAAAAAACACAGAGGUGAUCUGUAUUUAUCAACAGAAAAUCAAAACUUUCAAUUCUGGUCUUCAAAGAUUGUAUUUUUUAAAAGUUUGUUAUAUUUAUAUGCAAUAGCUUAUAACAAUGUACAUGAAAAAAACCCACACAUAAUACUUGAGAUUAAUUCAUAAAACAUGCUUAAAAAUCCUCACAUUUCUUCAGGUCAUUAUUAAGAAUCUGGAAGAAGAAAAAACGUCAAUGGAAGAAUCAUUGAAAGAGAGUCACAUGUCAGUUGAGAGACUUAAGUCAGAACUCAAGGAUGCUAAGGAACGGGAACACAUGAUUGUUGAAUAUCCUGACCUCAAUGGGCCUGUCAAUAAGGACCUACAGGGUAAACAUUUUUUUUACAGAGACUUAUAAGGUUACUUUAUGGGAUCUUUAGGGUAAAUACAAGUAACCAGUGUAUGUCAAAAGUUUUAAUAUGUAGAUCCGGACAAUGAGAUGGCACUUAUGUCUUUUCGUGUGACCUACAUUAAGGUACAGGUGACAUCACCACAGACAUGAAGAAUCAAGUAACUGCCAAUCUUAUACGUAUACAUUUGCUGGAGGAGCAGAACCAAAGUCUUAAUGAGUCUGUCAGAAAGUUGAGUGGCCUUCAGAAGGAUUCUUAUUAUGGGAUGACUGGGGACACACAGUUGACUCAUAAGGUAGGGUCCAUUCAAAGUCAAGAUUUUUUUUUUGCAAGCAAAAAUUAGAGGUUUUUAUAUAAGAGGUAGGGUUGAUGAUUUCGGUAUUGUCUAAAGAGGCUCUUAAGUUAUGGGGUUUAUUGUGAUUUUUAAUGAUUAUAAGCUGAGGAUAGUGUGACAUUAUAAAAUAAAUUGCAUAAUUCUAUCCCAUUUUGAAAAAGUUUUUUGGGGAAAAUAUGAUUUUUAAUUCGUGUUUCAAAGGGAAAGAGAAUAUACACGGACUACAGCUUUUUUUCUUUGACAGGCUCAACCACUCCAUCCAAUACAUGCUAAGCCUUUGUGGCAAGGGAUCAGUAACAAUAACAACAACAGCAGCUAUCUGCAGAUUCAUGAAGAUAACAACCAAAACAGUUACAGGUCAGCUUGACUCUUUGAUACUUGGGUUAUAACAGGUCAAUGAAGCAACAAUCAAAUAAUAAGACAAAAUCAGUGAUAAGCUUAAUCAAUGAUAAGCUAAAUCAGUGAUAAGCUGUAUGAAAAGAUAAGCUACAAUUAAUUAUGAUAAAUGAAGGACUGCAUUCGAGCUGUGUGAAGGAAAUAGUAGAACAAGUUAUGUUGAAGCUCGAAUUGAAAGAAAGGACAAUAAGAGAAAAACGUUUCAGCUAAGAGCCUUCCUUAGCAGACAGGACAAAUGAAAAUACAACAAGAAAUAGAAACUAGUUAAAAAAAUUAAGUGUUCACCAUUGUUAUUGAAGGCAAUACAAGCAAAAGUUCUAAUCAAGUUAUUCUGGUUCUGGUAGGGUACACUGCUGAAUCCAUGUACUGGCAUAUGUGCAACAGUUGGGCAUGCGAUGCUGGUAUUUUAACGGCUCCUAGCGGAUGCUAGGGCAGUUUUGAAGCUCUCAAUUGACGUUGAGUUUAUAGCGGUAUUGUUCAGGUGGUUCCAAGCGAUGAUUGUUUGUGGGAAAAAUGAUUGUUUAUAUUGGUCCGAGGCACAGUGAAGCAUUUACUAUUGUUCUGAAUGUAAAUGCUGAUGGGGUUGUUAGAGGUGAAGUCAGUGUUUAGUGAGUAUUUGGCUCUGAUUAAGCGACCUGGCUUCUGUGGGGGAAGAUACGUGUUUGCUGGGAUGGCCGGCACUAGCUCUGUGACCACUUUUAUGUAGUGAUGUUAGGCGGAGCUUUUCUCAUCUGUCUUUGAGGGAGGGGAUGUCAAAUCUUUUUAAGAGGCCAGUGACGAAGCCAGGAGUGGUGGAUUUGUGAUCACAUGCGAUGAAGCACACUGCGUUACAUUGGAUUCGCCCGAUCUCGUCAAAUUCUUGCUUUAUGUAUGGGUUCCAGAUGAUCGCACCAUUGGUGACCAUAUUCUUGUAGUGGGCGAAUAAGUGCAAGAUAGGCAUUUCGUUUGUAUGAGGUUGGGAAGUGGCGCAGAUUUCUUGGAAUGAAACCUAGUGUGGAGUUAGCUUUUUUUAAAAUUUUGUUUAUAUGGGGUGACCAUUUUAGGUUAUUCCAGAAGAGAAUUCCAAGGUAUGGAUUAUUUGAUACUUGUUGGAGAAUUGUGUUGUUUAGGAAGUAAAUAUAGGUUGAUGUUCUUUUUUUCUUGAGUUGCUCAUUGUGUAGCAUAUGGUUUCUCUAUAUUUGUGUCUUUUUUUAGGCACAAUAACAUAAGGAUUUAUAUUUUAUAAAAUAAAUCUUACAUGUAUAGAAAAUAUGAUUUAUUAAUACUUUUAUAUAUAUUUUAGAAUACACAUCAGUUUUGUCACACGCGAUUACUGAAUCAAAGAAACUUUGAGCUUUGGCUAAUUCGCACUAUGAAGUCAUUUGCUUGUUUUUGUAGGACAAAUUAAUUUUUAUUUUAUUUCGUAAUAUUAACGCCGCACUAAACACGCACUAAAAACAACUGAUGUUUUUUGUUUUUUUCCAAUAAUUGUAAUUCUUAGAUCAUAAUUUAAAAAAAAAAAUUGUUUUCUUAACUUUCAAACUCGUAUAAAAUGUUUAAAAUAGUUCCUUAGUUGUUACUUUAAGUUGAUUUGCAAUUUAUAAUAAUAAUUAGCAAAAUACCCGUGCUUUGCAGCGGAGAGCCUUUUUUAAAGAAAAAAGGUACGAAAUUAUCAAGUAUUUGCAUAUUCCGGAGACUAUACAAUGCAUUCCCUUGCAAAAAUAAUAUUAAAAUUUAAAAAAACAGCAAUUAUUGAAAAUGUGCUAUGUUGUUUCUAGGGAUCAUCUUCCACCCCAAAACAUGAUUUCUGAAAAAGAUGAUUGGCCAAGAAGAAAGAAAUUAGCCUGGGAAACCAACAGUUUUCAGGUCAAAGUCACAGAAGCAACAAAGCCUGCCACAGAAUUCCUGAUUGGCCAUGCCUUCUCAAACCCACAGCAUGGUCAUCAUCAGGAAUCUCCUAGUAAGGAGAGGCCACACUCCUCAAAGAUGAGAGCCACAGGGGGGGGGGGGGGGGGGGAGGCAUGCCAGCCAUGUCAGCCAUGUCAGUUGAGGGGUGAGGGUGGAGAGGUAAGGUCUGGGUGGAAAGAGUAAAAGUAGUUAGAGGAAGGAAUUAUGACUUAAUUUCUGAAUGAAAUGUUUGAUCAUUUCAUCUAUAUCUGUAAGUCCAAAGAUGAUGUUUAUAAUUCAUCUUCUAAAAAUGUCAUCUUUAUUUUUCUCUACCUUUUUUAUAUCAUACAAUUUCAGUGCCGCCACCUACAGAAAAUUUGUCAUCACUUAAACACCAUGGUUUACUGUUUGAGGACCACAAAAUAGAUCAAAAUUCGGAACUUCCCCUGUCUUGUCCACGCUGUGAUAAAAUGUAUUCAUUAGCCAGAGAUCUAGAGAUACACAAAACUUAUUGCUGCCAGUAGUGGUCAGGGGAUUGAUCAGGAUGUGCAGUUUAGACCCUACUGUCUUUUUAGAGUGUUAUAUUGGGUCAUUGAGUCUAAGUGGAUCAUCAUAAACAUACAUGAAGACUAAAGAAAUAUUAAGCAGCGAGCUGAAGAUUUUUAUCUAUCUACAUUCAUUUUGUUUGCUUUCUAUUUAAAUUUUUUUAUUUUUUUUUACUAAAUUUGUGAUAUUUUUGGGAUUUUAUUAAUUAAAUGUAUUCAUUAAAUUGAC